CCUCAGCGGCACAUGGCAUGGUCACACCACUCACGAUUCCACAGAUAAUAAUAAAAACACAAUACAACCGAAAAUAUAAUGCACAAGUAGCGCGACCCGAAGGAACCUGCGCGGUGAACCACAUGCUGUAGCAUGGAUAAACUCCGCGGCGGCAGUCUGGUCGGCGGCGGAUCCUCCAGCGGCGCGGCAUCGACGACUCCGGGCCAGGAGCACCAGCAACUGGAGCAGUAUCAGUACCCCAAAAACCUGAUCGAGCAAUAUCUAAGGGCCUCCAGCAAGAUAAAGAAGUUCGAGCGGGCCGGCUUCUUCAAACGCUUUGCGCCCAGCGUGGUCGAUGUGCAGGCGGACUUCCAGCGACUGGCGUACAGCUUUGAGGAGUCGGGCAUACAGCAGUAUGCGGCAAUGUGCCACAUUGGCUAUGCCAAGUGCGAGUCCUACGGCGGCGCACCGCAGCGCGAAUCGGAGGCCUAUCUGCGGGCAGCGAGAUCCUUCCUGGCGGCGCACAACGAGUCCGGGCGGCUGCAUCUGCGCACCCGCCACUCGGGAUUUCGCGAGGGAGCGCUGCACUGCUAUCACCGUGCGGCGGAUCGAGCGGUGGACGGUUGCGUCUUCAAGGCGGCCAUUCUGCGCGAGUUGAAGCAGCUGCAGCGCCAGCUGGACAGUACCAGCAGCUUCGCCUCGCCCACCCAUCAGAUCCACGACCUGGAAAUUAGCGCCGAGACGAGUGGCCAGCGCGGCGAUUUUCGAAGUGCACUGCAGCAUUACGACGACAUUGUGGACAAUGUUUACGAGCGACGCGGUGCUCGCAUGUACGGUGAACUAUUGCGGCGCGUGGAGGUACUGCGUCUGCUGCUCCUAGUCCAUUUGAACCUGCCUCCCGCACGCCAGUCACCCGCCCACAUCAAGCUGAUCGAGUACUACUACAACCUGGCGCAGUUCGAGUCGCUCCCCUGCUCGGCGGACGACGGUGGGUCCGCGGAGCGUCCGGGAGCAUUUGUGCCCGAACAGCAGCAGUAUGCGCUGGCGGAGAUUACGUGCGCUUGGGUGGAGCGUAAAAUGUGCGAUCUAAAGCACCUGCUGCGCGACUUUGGAGCCGAAUUUGGUUCGUUGUGCGACAUGGAAAGGCAGCUGCUGGCGGUGAUGCAUGCGGAACUGGCCCGAAGCUACUAGAUUUUAGACCUAAGAUCGUACUGUACAUUAUUUACUACUGGAUCAUUACCACUGAACGAGAAUGGCGUAACUAUCGCUUAAGUGUAACCAAGUCUACCAACUAACCUUUGAACGUGCCUACACGCAUAAAAAUUGAAUUAAAUUAACAAACGAAUGACCAGGUGAAUGCAGCAAUAAACAGAAGGUGCGAAGCGCAAAGAAAUGUAAAUGGAUUUGAGAUUUGUACAAUAAAUGAAGGAAUGUAAAGAUGACUAAACAAAC